UUUUUAAGCAAAUUUUUAAACAAGUUAAAAUAUUUUCGUCACCUUGACCGGCGCGUCGGUAAGAACGGAAAAGAAACGAGUUUCUUUAAGACGUUGGCCGCCGGCAUGAGCCCUUUCUUGAAGAAAAGUCCUAGUACGUAGCUCGGCCAAUAAGAAAGAUGGCGCUUCGGUGUACAAAAAGACAAAUAUGAGUCGAAAAAGUAAUAAUGUGCUUGACUAAGAGUUGUGUAAUCCAAUUUCUACAUAUAAAAUUGUUAAAAUUGAUGUUUUCUAGGCGUAAAGAUCAUCGUUUUAUUAGAAAAAUCUUCAAUAAAUCUCUACCCCAUCGACGAUCGCAAUCCAUCAAUCACACUGCGCAAAAAACCAAAUCCACCACCUCAUUCUCCUCUCCUCUGACAUAAAAACGCAUUCCUAUCUUCCAACCCAUACAAGUCGUUCGCGUCGCCACUCAAAGUCGAGCCGCUUCACUACACCAUCACCAGCCCGCGAACAAAGGCGUAUCGCGGGGGCGCGCGCUCGGUUAAUUUAAUCUAAGCAAACAUCACAUAUAGAUAGUUAUACGUAUAUAUAUAUAUAUAUAUAUAUAGUAGCAGGGGGUAGCCUUAUGCCACUGGGAGUGUCUGGAGCGCGGAAGAAGAAGAAACGCGCGGAAGAGGGGAGAGAACAGAUCUCUAGAUACAUACGUAAGUACACGAGUAUUCAAGACGCUAUACACUCUCUACGAGGGAGAGUGUUUAGCAUGUAGAUGAAGAUCUGGGUAAUCAAGGGGCUCCCGCUGCUGUAUAUAAGGCCCCGCGGGCAUGCUUCGUCAAGUCUUACUUAUUUCUGAGAGAGAGAGAGAGAGAGAGAGAGAGAGAGAGAGAGAGAGAGAGAGAGAACUGCAGGGUAUACGUAUAGAGAAGCGCGAGAGCGGCCAUCAUUACGCAGACUCGCUGAGAGGAUUCCUCUCGCGGAUGGAAAUUUCGACGGAGUGCUGAUUCGCGAUUUUUAUUUCGAUUCGGGGAACCGACUGCGUUUUAAUUAUUUUUCUGAGUUUCUCGGAUAAGGUGUCAAAUUUGGCGAGUGGGGUGUCAACCUUUGGCGCAAUCGUAUAAAGACUGAAGUGGAAACGUGAGGCCCCGUCGGUAGAGAAAGAGAGAGAGAAAAGCGACGGCGCGACUCUACAUUAUUUACCGAGCUUUGGACAGUUUCUACUGACUCCGCAGCGGUUUGAGAGACUCUACACUUCAAAAAAUGUUUGGAGGAACGAGUCGACAUAGUAUUCUGUCCAGUAGAUUUUCCAAAUAAUGAAUAUAGUAUGAGCGGUUCAAGCAGGCCAAGAAGGCAUUUUCGGCAUCGUAGCUCACCUCUAUAUCUAUACCUUCUACGCACAGAUUCUAAUGAAAGAAAUGAAAUAAAAGGCCGUGCGACACCUUCUGCUUACCAGAGGAACUAUACUGAUAUGACGGCGCCAGUAAAAUCUCCCGAGCAGAACCAACGACAGUCUAAGCCUCGCCCUGACGACAAAAGAACGCAUCUGCGACGCAACGUUAAUAAGAGUCCAACUUCAAAUCAGCUAACUUCAAGCCAUGCAGGUAUACGAAAAACGUAAUGCAGCUACAAGGGUCGUACCGGUGUCGAGGGAAACGCUACUGGCUCUUCCGACGGGAAACUCUCGAAACUACAACACCUACUUUGUGCGGUGGCCAGUAGGACGCUUUGACCUGAUCGAUGCUAACUUACCAACCGAAGCUAAAUGAUUUUGUGAUUUACCAUGUGGCUCUGGAUUCAGGUCGAUCAAUUGCCGACGGUUUUUCGAUGUGUGGAAAUAUCAGGUAAAAUUAAAUCUGGUAUUAUCCGUGGAAAAGUACACAAAAUACAGCGUGGAUAUCGCACUGUUGAAUAGUUGCGUUUUAAUUCUAAACAUCGUUUUUAUGUAAAAAGUUAUGUUUCCUUUCCUCCAGCCAGCGUAUGAAUUAAAUUACCGUGCAAUACAAAUGCCAUUAGUUGUGAUACUAUUCAAAAUGUUCCAUCAGCUGAUUACAUGAAAUAGAAUCAAAAACAGACAUUCCAAAUACAUCGAAUAUUUAAUCGUGUAUUGUAUAAUCGUUUGAGAUUUUUUGUUGUUCUACAGCAAAUAGAGUUAUUCAAUCACCUAUAUUAGAGAACAUUAGAUUUUUCCGAUAGUUCUAAGUCCUGUUGAUAAAAUUCAUACAAUCUUUGCUUUAUACGUACUACAUACUUAUGUACAUUUCGUCAUUGAAAAAAGUAAACAGUAGUUUCUAUUUUUUUCUUAUCAAUCACAUGCUCUUUUAUAAAAUAAACCGACGUUUUAAAGAUAAAGUAACUCAAAAAUAUGUAAUGAAAAUAAGUCUUCAGAAAAUUCCAGAGAGCGCAUGCGAAAUGUAACAAGUGUCAGCAUCCACAUUUGCGUCUUAGCUCCUCCAGUAGUGUGCAGAGGCGGAGCAAACUAAGAAAAACCCUCGAGAGAGAUCCAUAUACGGCUGCUGCAAGCUCAGGGGUGUGGCGAAGAAGAUAAAGCUCGACUUGCGCGAAGCUGCAAGCUCCCCCGUGAGGAGUCAUUUCAAACUUUUAGCUUACUGGAACAAUAAUAUACACCUCUUGAAAUUCUACGCCACAUAAAUACCAUACAGCAACAUGGCACGUUCUACAUCGCUGUUGUGCCUGUUACUUUUGGCAUUAGUUUGUCAACAACCAAACGUCAAUGCCAACCCAUUUUUGACGGCCAAAAAGGUUUUAGACUACGCGGUCAAUCUUUACCAAAAAGUAGACAAGCUUCAAAAAUUUCUUUCAACUGAACUCAACGAAGACAGCAAGACGGAAACAGACGAAAAAAGUAUAGUUGAAUUGGAAAUCUACAAAAAGAUGGAUCAACUGUCUACGGAUUUUCAAGACUUGAGAGACCGAAUACUGGACAAAAUGUCCAACGGUCUGAAGGAUAAGCUGACCGAAAAAACUGACGAGCUUUUUAAGCAUGUCAAAGAUGUGCAGCGUCUGUACAAAACAUUUUUGGAUUUCUUCGCAAACGCUCAGAAUUAUGAAUCCACGGAAUUGAAGGAUUUUGCAAAUGUUGCCACGACUUUCAGUUUAGUUGAGUUGAAAGCGACUAUCGAAAGGUUGCACGAAGCUUUAGUCGAUCUCGAUGUACGAAGGGACAGUAUCAUAACUAUCCUUUCUCGAGAAAGUAGUGCUGCUGAUACCAUGUGCAUUCGCGGAGAGUCUUCACAACAACUCAUACACACCCUAUACAAAACUGUAGUUUUAACCGAUGCUAAAGGGCUUCUAGUCACUCUUUACUCUUAUGGAUUGAAAGAGACAUUCGAAAACAGAACUUACGAAUUUAGAAAAAACAAGGAAAUAGCUGAUUUCUAUGAAAGAACGGUAAAUACGUUUUCCAAAGUUAGGGACGCCAUGGCUGAUGCCUCUCGAGAAGUAUGGAGAUGCGAUACGGAAAAGCAUGAAAAAGAUGUUACCUACUCGAAGCUUCAAGAAGUUUUCCAAGGAUUCUUCGUGUACGAACCCGACACAACUCGCAGCAACUGGCACGCAGCAGUCUUCAGAUGUUCGGCCUUGAAAGACGAUCGAUUGAGAUGCAAGUCAGCUCCUUGCAAGGCCCAGCCAGAAGAGAGAAGAUGUACAGGACAUCUAAGAGACUGUCAAUCCAUUGCUCAUAACAUGCAACUUUGUCACUCUCCUCCUGGCAGCGAUCGCAGAUACGAUUGGAUGAAAACUGGUGCUGGAACUUUGUAUGGUCGUGAUGGACCAUGCGCUAACACCCAAGGUAUUUGGGAUAUUCCUCCGUACCUGAUCGAAAAUUGCCUGUGUAAUUGCGAGAGUGAACAAAGAGAUGCGGACCGUUACUUCAGUCUUCUGGAUGUGACGUCAGAUGUUGAUCAGAACAAAGUCGUUACGGGAGUAAGGCUAAGAAAGCACAAUCACGUAUUCCACAUCCAGAUCCAACAAGGAACUUUGGAAGCCAACGGAACCAUCAGCGGUACACUCGAAUGGAAAGAGAUCAAAGAAAUAUCCUCUUCCGAUUUACUUUCAGAUAAGGUUUCCAAGCAUUUCUAUAAAGUUAUAGCCAACCCGCACGAGAACUUCGACAAAGAAUUUAAGUACGAUGACUGGACAGAGUUUUACAAGAACGAUCUUGUAUACGCAGUCACGUACGAUCAGAAUACCGUGUACCUUGACGAUUUGGACUCAGGUCCGAAUGCCCUUCUUACAGGAUUGAGAUUCCAACAGGUCAACGACGAUUUGAGACUGGAGAUACAAUCAACGCCAUUUGAUUACACAACUGGAAAGCUCAAAACAGAUCAAAGCUCGUGGACGGCUAAUACUAAUACCAGGCCCACAAGGCAUGAGGUAUUCCUCACGGAUCCCGAUGACCCAACUAGGACAAAGGAAUCCGACAAUUUCUCGAAGAACAAGCAAUUCGUUCGCUUCAGGAUGACUGACCUGCGCCACGAUUUGGGACAAUAUACCGUGCCUUUCUUGGACUUACAGGACGCCGUCACCACUCCAGCUCUGCCUAUUUCCGGUGCAGGACUCUUCCACAGAGGCAGACUUCACUCUGGUGGAUUCUUAGGAUUUAAGCUGAUACACUACGAUUUCACGCCUCAUCUUUCAAAUGUUUAAUACGUUUUAUGAAACAAAAAUUGCUGUGAUUUGACUGAAAGAUACGUUUUCUGUGCAUUUAAUACAUUUUACAAUAAAUUAUGGGCAUAAGCCUUAUGUAAGAUUCCAAUUUAUAUUACAAUUAGGAUGGAAGCAUUGUAGAUUUUAGCUAAGAAUAUUCUAGAGAAUGAUUAGUUAAGAUUAAAACUUUUCAUCUUUAUUCCAAGUACUAUUUCUAUUUCCAUAGAUAACGCUAAUUCAUGAUAAUUAAAUCACAGAUAACAUAAUAUUAUAUAACUUUAACUAUAUUAUAAAUAGGAAUAACGUGCUGAAUCAGUCAAGCAAAUAAGGUACAUGUCGCGACAAAUAUUUGAUUGCGAGUGGUGGUCACCAUCUCCUUUGGAAAAGCAUACUUUGCUGCACACGCGUGUGCUUUUUACCUUGACAUUAUCGAUGUAAGUAUCAUUCUGCAUUUUUUUAAACGACGAGAAGAUUUGGGACAGAUUUUCGUCCCUUUUAUUGAUACACAGGAAAUUGUUACGAAUCCACUGAUGCCUCUGGCUGGAGCAGGGCUGUAUCACCAAGGAAGAAAAAAAUAUUCGGGUGGAUUUCGGAUUUUUCAAGCAAUAAAAAAAAACAAAUCUGGUUUAAUAAAAUUUUAUUACCGUUUUAAUACUAAAUUGACCUCGAAGGGAUUGUGGAACUUAAAAAUUGUAAUGAACUUACCUUUAUAAUCCACGGGCAAAAAACGCUGGAAAUUUGCAAAUGAGUCAUUUUAACCCAUAUUGUAUUUGUAUAUGUAUACAAAUACGCUAAACGUUGAAAACAUGACUGAUAAUUAAUAUUUCAUUACUUCCUGCACUUCUAUUAAACUGAAACUGCAAAAAGAGAAAUAUUUUUCUCCUUUGUUUAAAUUAGAAUAUGGCUAAGCAACUUUACAUUGAUCAUCAUAUUUAAAUAUAAAUUAUAUCAUAAAGGGUAUUUAUCUACAAAAAUAAAAUUCACACUUUCACAAUGUACAUAUAUUUUAUUUCAGUACGAGAUCUGCAGUCUACAAAAAAAUCUGUUUGCCGCGAACAAUAUUUUAUGUUAGACAGUUAAAAAUUCGUGAUUUACUCCAAUGGUAUAGGUAACCGCAGUAUAUUUAAGUCCAUAAAUUAUAAACGUAUGCGUUAGAUGUUGGUAGACUGUGUUAGCUACCGCUGAGUGUUAAAAUCGGAGCUAUGGCAAAUCUUCGCGUGUUUGCCUGUUUUACAUUGCUUAUAAUCGUUGCUUCAAAGUCAGAAGCAAACCCAUAUUUAACUGCAAAUGACACAUUCCAAAAUAUGGAAAAUUUAUUAAGAGAACUGGAUGGCCAAAAGUUCCUUAUAGCCUCUACAAUAAAUAAGACAUUUUUAAGCAUUCAUUCCGAUGAAGUGGGAGUGUACAAUCAGAUCAAAAAAAUUUCGAGCGAUACCCGUCCGAAUUUCGCAAGAAAAAUAAAGGAACUCUAUCAAUA